CCAACAAAGCUGCAACAUCCCAAAACCUUCUCCAAACUGUCCUAAUAGAUUCUUGCCAGAAGAGGCAUUGUCGCCCUGGCGCAUUCCAUUGCGUAUCAACGACGAUCUGUGGAACCCUCCGUCUUGCAGCGUGCUGCAUGCAUUUUAAAAUCUUUGUCAAUCCAUCUUAGCCACUCUAUACGCCACGCCGUCCUGGUAGAGCCCUCUUGUCGAGCUCUGGACAAUCGCCAUCAUGUCCGACACGGAGAACGUCGAUUACUUGCAAGCAAAUUUCGAUCCCUGGUCGCUGACAGUCCCGCGCCUGCGCUCCAUCCUCGUCACUCACAACAUUCAAUAUCCCUCCCAGGCCAAGAAACCCCAGCUGGUCGAGCUCUUCAACGAACAUGUCCUGCCGCAGUCUGGGAAGAUCCUGGCCACCCGUGCUCGCGCGAAGCGUACGAGCAGGGGCAUUGUGGAUGCCGACUCACACAGCACCACCAGCACUGAUUUCAAUGACGAGCCCAUGCCACUGCCGCCCUCGGCGAGGCGCUCGCGGUCGCCCAGAAAGACAACGAGGGUGAAGCGAGAGUCUGAAGAGGCCGACCACGCUCUUCUCACUCCCGCACCCUUCCGAGAGAGCCCUCGCAAGAGACAGUCGCGAGCAAUGAGCGCGCAAUUGCCGCCCGCGUCCGAUACCGAUACAGCCCCAGAGACCGAAACAGCUCGGUCUGUCAGGCGCGAUCGCCGCGCCACCCCCGUGCCAAAACUGGAGCCGCCAGAGGAAGACGAAUUCUUCAAGCGAACCCCCGAGACUGAGGGCGUCUUUUCCAGCGACAACCCCUUCCAGAGCGGAGCCAACUCACCAAUGACACCCCUUAAAACCCCCACCAACCGUCGCAAGACGACGGGCCUCGAGUCGGUACGGAAACAAACACCCGCCACUGCUCGUCGCCGGACCGAUGGGUAUGCCUUCAAAGAUGCCGAGGAGCCUUCCACCAUUGCUCGGAGCAUUGAGAUGCCCCUCAGCCGGGUCGCCACGGCCAAACCACGCGAGAUUGAACCCGACGAGGAGUUCACUCCCGAAGAACAACUGGCGCUCAAUCAGGAGGAAGCCGCCCGCCCAGAGUUGACCGUUUCCCGGAGAGGUCCACGCCCUGUCAAGCGCAGCUCAAGCUUGUCGACCCCUAUAUGGGUUCUUAUCACCACUCUGCUUGCUGCCUAUGUGGCUUGGUACAGACAAGAGAAGGUUGCAGUGGGAUACUGCGGGCUUGGCCGAGAGCCGACCCAGCUGAUCCCAACCAACAUCCAGCUCCCAGAAUGGGCUGCAGAAAUGGGCGCCAAGCUCGAUAUUCAGAAUGUCCAGGUCCCUGACUGGAUUAUUCCCGUUUUUGAACCGCAAUGCGAACCAUGUCCGCCGCAUGCCUACUGUUACGAGGGCUUCACGGCUCGCUGCGAGUCCGACUUCAUCUUGAAGCCUCACCCGCUUUCCCUCGGGGGCCUUGUUCCUCUACCACCUACGUGCGAGCCGGACGGCGAGAAAGUUCGGCGAGUCCAGGCUGUUGCCGACAAGGCGGUGGAGGAACUCCGCGACCGGAGGGCCAAGUACGAGUGCGGUGAGCCGGUCGAUCCGGAAGGCGGCCCUCUAGACAGCCCUGCCAUUGAUGAGCAGGAGCUCAAGGAGAUCCUCAGCAAGAAGCGCAGCAAAAGAAUGGCCGCUGAAGAAUUCGACGAACUCUGGGCUGCGGCCAUUGGCGAGGUCAAAGCGCGUGACGAAGUCGAGGUGCAUCAAGAGGACUCUGAUGCUUCUCAAACCUCCGGUACCUCCGCCUUUCCAAACACCAAGCUAUCGUCCAGCUCUCUCGCUCGCCUUUCGUACACCUGCGCGCUCCGCCGGUCCGUCAAGCUCGGCGUGGCUCGACAUCGACUCAGCAUUGGUGGACUGAUUUUCUCGCUGCUCUCUAUCCUCUACGGCCGCCGCCGCUUCAUUCACAACCGCGCCCUGGCGGCCAGGGUGCCGGAGCUGGUGGACGAGGUUCUCGAGCGCCUGGCGACCCAGAAAGAAGUCGCCUUUGAGGCCGACGACGAGGACGCCUUCCUCUUCCUUCCCAACCUGCGCGACGACGUACUCCGCUCGCUGCACAGCCUGUCGGACCGCGAGCGCCUCUGGCAGCUCGUGCGCGCCGUCGUCGAGCAGAACAGCAACGUCCGCACGGGCCAGCGCGAGGGCCGCAACGGCGAGGUGGGGAGGGCCUGGGAGUGGAUAGGACCCAGCAGGCUCGGCGCCCCCGGCGGCGACGGUACAGUCCGCCGGCGCAAGGUCGGCGGCGCCCGCAUAUCGUGGGGGCCGGACGUCAAGGCGGAAAUUGAGGACUCUUCCUCCGGCAGCAGGCCGCCGUCAAAUGCGCUGGAACGCAAGGCUGUUCACCGGAAGUGGGAGGAGGGCAGGCCCAUUUACUGA